AUGUCUAUAAGAUGCUCCUUUCAAGUUAUGCGUCAAAUAGCUGGUGGUUCAAAGAACCUUGGGUAUUGCUUCCAAGACUUAAAGAACUUUCUCACCACUGUUCGACAAAAGGAAAUGGUCAUUGGGGAUGCAACUAUGAGGAACCCAUCGUUCUAUUAUGAUAUCCAAGUAGAUUCUGAAGAGAACAUAGCUAGCAUUUUCUGGUCAUAUGCAAUCAUGCAGCAAGACUAUGAAUUAUUCGGUGAUCUCAUCAGUUUCGACACAACUUAUCGAACAAACACGGAGUAUCGUCCAUUAGACCAAGCUUGUGCUUUGAUGAAGUCAGUUCCAAACAUCUUUCCCGAUGUCUUCCAUGGGUUGUGUUCUUGGCACAUGGGGGAGAAUGCAAAGUCCAACUUAGGCUCUCGUUGCAAUGGUGCAUUUCUUGACGAACUACAUCACUUGGUUUUGAAUGUUGAUGAUGAGGCAGAGUUUGACUUCAAUUGGAAUAAGAUGCUUCAAAAUUGUUUUGGUGGUAAAGCGACUUCUAAAUUUACUUGGCUUGUCCAGAUUCAUCGUAAUCGUACUCAAUGGUCUUCUGCUUGGGUGAAAUCACACUUCACUGCCGGUUUGAAGACCACACAGUUAAGCGAGUCGUUCAAUGCCUUUCUUCGCCACUUUCUUCAGCCAGAUCACUCACUUGUGCAAUUCUUUAUCCAUUUCAAUGUUAUGGUUGAGAAAAUGCGAGAUGAUCAUGCUGAUUGUGAUUUCAAGGCUGCCAAUACUAGGCCAAGAAACAAUUAUCCCAACAGCCAACUCAUGAGGUCUGUUGUUGCCAAGUAUACUCCAACAUCGUUUGCAUUCAUUCACAAGCAAUAUGAUCUUUCUUUCAAAUAUUAUUAUGAGGAGGACACGUCAAGAAGUUCAAUUUCUAAUAGAGUUUUCAAAGUGUUCACAAUUUAA